UUAGACCUUUGCAUCAUUAGGAAUCAUUGAAUUUUUUUUUUUUUUCAAAUUUAAAUUGAGCAAGAAAAAAUAAAAUUUUCUACGAUCAAUUUAUUAUAAAGAUUGUUUUUGUGGAUUAUAAGACGGCAUUGGAAUUAGUGUAAUAAUAAGAUUUUUGUAAAAAGCAGAAAUCUGUUAGCCGUAUAAUAUUUUCUUUCAAAUAUACUUUGAGCAAUUACAAAUAUACUUGGAUAAUUUCUUAAUAGUAUAAGUAAAAUUAAAUAAACAAAACGAAAUGCCGAUUGGAAUGGAUUCGAUGCUUGCUAACUUAAUAAAGCGUAAACCAUUACGUAAACCAGUUAUUAAAUUAUCAUGUGGUAUUGGUGAUUCAGAUGGUUUUCCAGCAUUUGAUAGUGAACAAUCAGAGGUUUAUGGAGCACCAGAAGAUUCAAAAUGGGGUUUUAAUAUAACUGGAGGUUCAGAAUUUCAUAUGCCAUUAACAGUUUUUCAGGUUUCACCGCAUAGUCUGGCAGCAUAUGAAGGCAUAAAAUUAGGCGAUAUAAUUUUGUCUAUUAAUGAAAUUGAUGCCAGUCAGAUGUCUUUAGCUCAAGCAAGAGAGAUCAUCGAUUCGGGUUAUAAGCUUUUUAUUGUAUUAAGAAGUAUGGAAGACGAAGAUGUUCCAAUUGAAGAACGUAAACCAGCUGAAGAAAAAUCUAUUAGUAUGAGGGUACCAGAACCAAUGAAACCACCAGAACCUCCAAAAGGUAAAUUAUCCCGUGCUGUCAUUGAAGAGAAAUUACGUUCAAUGCAAAGAAAAUUGUCAGAAAUAGCUGAAAUACCGAAAAUACUUUCAUCAACACUAGAAACAGUUUCACAAACUUUUGAAAAAUUUGUUCCUGAUAUUGAAAAUGAUGUAUCUGCUUAUGAAAAUGAUAUUAAUGAAUUAGAUGUUGUUAAUAAUGAGAAAUUUAAUCUUGAUUAUCAUUUUAAACCAAUUGAUGAAGAUAAUAAUUCAUCAGAAAAAGAAUCUGGAACUCAAGAUGAUUUAAGUAAUCCAGAUAUUUUAUUGAAUGAAAAUAAUGAUGGCCAAAAUAAUAAUGAUGACGAUGAAGAUGAAUUUUUCGAAGCGGAUAGCCUUGAUGGAGAUUUACAAAAAAAUUUUAUUAAUCGUAUUAUUGAUGAUAGCCCAGAAUCCGAUUACAUUUCGAAUUCAGAAGGAGAUGGUGAUGAAGAAUAUUGUUCACCAAUAGAAAUUACUUCUAAUACAAAACCGGUUUCAAUAAUGACAAUAUUGAAUCCAGGUAAAUGUAUGCCAGAAUUAAAAACUGAAGAAGAACAAGCUGAAGAUGAUGAGCAAGUAGAAGAUGAUUCAAAUGUUAAAACAAAAAUUGUUGAAGAUCCUUUAAAAAAAGAAAAAAAUGAAAAGAUUGAUAAAUUAGAAAAAAGUUGGCCAUGGGCAGAUCGUCAAAAAAUUAUAUAUAGAGAAUCGACAUGUCAUUUAGUGCCGAGAUUAUCAAUAGUAGAAAGUAGAAUAAAACAACUAGGAGGUACCAGCACACUGCAAUUUUAUGAAAGGAAACGUCAAAAUAUCAAUAAGUCUGAAUAAAAAGUUGUUAUUCUUUUUAUAAUUUAAAAAAAAAAUUUGCUAUAUAAAUUAAUUUUUUCUUUUUGGAAUUUUCGAUAAAAAGUAUUGAUUUUAGUAGAAAUUACAAUUUUAUAAUUGUUAUAUACAUAUACAUAUAUAAUUUAUAUAUAUAUAUAUACGUUUUAGAUAUAUAAGAUUUUAUAACUUUUUUUACAAAUUUAUUAAAAACAAAUUGUGAAUAUAUAGGUAGUGCAAGUUGCAUUUAAGAACAUAAUGGCAACACAUAACAACAAUAUUAUAAAGAUUCUUGAUUCAAAUUUCAAAAUAUAUAAUUAUUAUAAUCAAAAUUAGAUGUAAGGAAUGGUUUGCUUUAAAAAUUACACAAAAUUAAUAAAAAAAAUGUUUGAUUAAU